AUGCCGUACAGGCCCAGUGGGGCAGGGGCUAGCCGGGAAGUUCACGCCCACCACAACAGAAAGGUCCCUUCUAGAACCAACUACCCAGAGCUUCUAGAACCCGGCGCCGCGCAGCCUAGACGGCCACCUGGUGUCGCUCCCCUGUCUUCGUCUCAGAGCUCCUGCUCCUUCCUGACCGCGGCCCUGGAGGCAUUAUUCUCCCAGGCCCCGAAGGGCCGGAUCAGCGGCCUGCCUACGACCUCUAGCGGUAAGCCCUUCCAGCUCUGGGCCCAAGGACUCUUCUGCACCGAGCGCAGCCUCGCCAGGCGCCUCAAGAACAACAGUUUCUACCCGUUCACGCAGCAGCAGCCCAACGUCUUCGUGCUCGAGUACUACCUGGACACGCUGUGGAAGGGGACGCUGCUCUUCAUAGUCUGCAUCUUGCUCAUCAGCUUCGGCCUCGUCAGCGAGGUGCAGAAGCAGGAGACCUGGGGCUUCCCUGCCUACGGCGUGGGCGUGGGCCUGUGGCUUAUGAUCUCGUCGCUGCCGCGGCGCCGCCUGGUGCUGAACCACGCGCGCGGCGUGUACCACUUCUCCAUCCAGGGCCGCACCGUGUGUCAGGGCCCCAUGCACCUGGUCUACGUGCGCCUGGCGCUCAACUCGGACGCCUACCGAAGGUGCUUCUUCCAGCUGGUUCUGUGCGGGCACAAGCUGGAGCCGCUAGUGCUGGUGCAGCUGUCGGAGCGCUACGAGCAAAUGGAAUACCUGGGCCGGUACAUUGCCAGGAAGCUCAACAUUAACUACUUUGACUGCCUGGCCAUGUCAUACCGGCACGUGGUCCGCCACUGGCCGCUGGGGACCGCCUUCAGCCCGGGCAUCUUGCUGCGCAAGACCGGGGCCUACGAUGGGGGGAACCCUCAGUGGGACCCAGACGUGUGA